AUGGGUAAUAAUCUUCUCCCCUUCAUCUUCCUCUCCCUGUCCCUUUUCCUCCCCAUUUCUGCUUCAAAUCUCCACAAAAUCAAGCGACUCACAACUGAUUUUCCCUCUGACCACACAUCCUCCAACGACCCUAUACCACCAACCGAAUACUUUGAGGUCACAAGACCCAUUGUACUCCCCAAAACAAAACCUUUUUCUCAUCACAUUCUCCACCACGACUUUGGCUUUACCUAUGGCCAACCCCCAGUUCUCGCCAACUACACCCCUCCCUCUCACUACCCCUUCAAAACAUUCUCCAAAAUCGUGCUUGAGUGGAAGGCCACUUGCCAAGGAAGACAAUUUGAUCGCAUUUUCGGUGUGUGGCUUGGUGGUGUUGAGCUUCUCAGAAGCUGCACUGCAGAGCCAAGAGCCACUGGCAUUGUUUGGAGUGUCCACAAGGACAUUACAAGGUACCAUUCUUUGUUGUUAAGUCCCCAAAACCAAACCUUUGCUGUUUUUCUCGGAAACGUGGUGGAUAAUACCUACACUGGGAUUUACCAUGUUGAUGUCACUAUUCACUUUUACCCUUUUGUGAAGAAGCGUUUUGAUGAUGUUUCUGACUCAAAUGUUGGAGCUUCAGCAUUUGGGGGUGAUGUCCCUGCUGAUUUGGUCCUGCCCAUUUCGAGAAACCUCCCACUGAAUGAUGGGCUGUGGUUUGUUAUUGACAAUUCCACUGAUGGGGGUUUGAAGGAGUUUAGGGUGCCCCAGAAUGCAUAUAGGGCUGUUUUGGAGGUGUAUGUUUCGUUUCAUGAGAGGGAUGAGUUUUGGUACACUAACCCUCCCGAGGAGUAUCUUAUUGCCAACAACCGGAGUGAUUUGCCUGGGGGUGGUUCUUUUCGGGAGGUUGUGGUUUCUCUUGAUGGGAAGGUUAUUGGUGCAGUUUGGCCUUUUACUGUGAUCUACACUGGAGGGGUUAACCCCCUCUUGUGGAGGCCUAUUACUGGAAUUGGCUCAUUUGAUCUUCCCUCCUAUGAUAUUGAGAUCACGCCACUCUUGGGGACCUUGUUGGAUGGGAAAAGCCAUUCGGUGGGGUUCAGCGUGACGAACGCUUUGAAUCUUUGGUUUGUGGAUGCAAAUUUGCAUAUUUGGUUGGAUGGGAAGAGCAGUAGGACAGAAGGAGGAGUUUUGGAUCUUGUUGCCAAGCCUUUGGUUGAGUCUCUGGUCACUGACUUUGAAGGUUUGAAUGGAAUGUUUUGGACUAGUGCAAGGAGAUCUAUUUUGUCUACGGGUUGGGUCAAAUCCUCCUAUGGGAAUGUUACUACCAGUUUUGUCCAAGAUUUUUUUUACAACAAUUCAAUGGUGAUGGAGAAGGACGGGAAUAAGCAAACUGUGAACCAACUGAUUCUUUUCAAUGACAAUGUUCAUGUUAACCUUCCAUCACCCUUUGUUGAGGACACACACAGAAAUCUUUCCCUAUACUUGGACUCAGAUGAGUUGGAUCAGGAUGAUGAUACUUCUUUAUUCGUUUCAAAUGUUACGUUGGGAUUUGUCGUGGACGAGUCUAGGAGCUCGGCUUUUGGAUUUUGUGAGAGCUCUCUCAAAAAUGUGCAGGAUGGUCAGGGUACUAUGGUCAUCAAAGGGAAUUUGGUUGUUAGGGGAGUGGGUGAAACACAGCAAGAUUACAGUUAUACAAGUGAUGAUGGACAUUGUUAUUCUAGGAAAGUUGGCAGCUCAAAUUACACAAUUCUCUAUGACAAAGUCAGACAUUCAUGUAACAAAAGAAGUCACCCUCAUCUUGGUCCUAAAUCUAUCAAAAAGUUGUAUUUUAUCUAG